UAUAUAUUUUUUUUCUAUUCGAAAUCAUCACUAAAAUUGAGCAGUCAAAAUUGUUUCCAUAAAAAGUGCUGUUGCAGUAUUAAGUCACUCAUUUUCGAUAUCUAAAUUUUGGUAUAGUGGUAUUUAAGCAUGUUGAAGGGAACAACCACAGUUGGCACUAGAAAAAUAAUAAAAGGAAAUGAUGUAAAGGAUGAAAAAAAUGCAAAAACUCCAACCGUCGCUAGUCCGAAGAAAAUUUAUGCUCCACCGAUUGUAAAGAAUUUGGUCAAAAAAACUCCAGCACCGGCAUUGUUUGGAACAGUUGUAAGUAAAAAACCAAAAGCUCGUACAAAAAAUCCGUAUGUACCCAAUUUAUCUUUGAAUUAUGGUGCUCAUUUGCGUAACGUCAUCACGAAACCAGUUAAUAAAUGGGUUCAACGUAGGAAAAAUAUAAAGUCGCUUAAUAAGAUACUUGGUACUCAAUUGAAAAGUGUCGAUGAGCUGCAAUCGGGUGCUGUGUAUUGUCAGUUAUUCGAUAAACUUUAUCCUGGUUCCUUAGAUAUGAGCAAAGUUAAACCGGAGACUGAUAUGCCAUACGACUAUGUACGUCAUUAUAUUCUGCUGAAGGAAGGGUUUAAGACAAAGUUUGUCAAGAAAUUCAUACCAAUUGAGGCUUUAGUAACACAAAAAGUCGAUAGACAGUAUGAUUUUCUUGAUUGGUUCGUUAAGUUCUAUGACAUGAUGGAAGAACGUCGGCGUGUGAUUAAAGCCAAGCCUAAGAAAAUUGUUAAAGAACGAAAAGUCAAGCCUAAGUUUAUUAUGCCAAAGGUUAAAAGAAAUUCAAUGGGAAUUAAAAAAGGAGCACAAGUUGGUGACGAGAAGCCAAAGCGUAAGAAGAGGGUACGUUUUUCUAAAGAAGUGAGCAAUGUCAUAAAUGGUUGGCCUUUGAGCUCUGGCGCACCUCUCAACACUUAACCUACAAUAAUAGUUCUUAUAGUCGAUGAUGGAUGAUGUGACCAUUGGUGAAAAUGAAGAUAAGAAGCUCAAUCAAUGAUAUUUAGCACAGUAUGAUAUAUACUUAUGAUGAUAUCAUGUCAUAUGAAUUGAUAUGCAUUGGUGUUCAAUGAUGGCAUAUGUUGUACAGUUGUUGAGUUUAUUAUCUAUUGGAGUAUUAAAAUCCGAAAAGCGUCGAUUGUUUUAUUAAUUAUGAUGUCCAUUCCAUUCUAAUGUUACUGCCUGAAGUUUCCUGUUAUGCUGUAUUUCAAUUCUAUUUAAUGUCCUUCGCAGUGAUGCGAUAUUCUAACCCCCUGAUUUGUCGUAACGGAAAUGAAGCCAAAAUCUUAAAAUUUUUGUAAAUUAAAUUACAAAAUUAUUUUUAUGAAAAUUAUUAGUAUAAAAAUAUU